UACACGUGCGUUUCUGUCAUAAUGCCUUUUUUCUUGACAUUUCAAAUCCAAUUAAUGAAGCAAAAAUAAAUUAGGAAUCAUUUUUAAAUUUUGAAGCCUUUAUUUGUUAAUCUAGUGAAAGUGAAAAAAAGGUAGAAAUCAAAAAAAUGGUGGUAUUUACUUGCAAUCAUUGUGGAGAUUCUGUAAAAAAACCUUCCGUAGUUAAACAUUAUGCCACAAAAUGUAGAGGAAAUCCUAUAUUUUUAACUUGUAUGGACUGCCAAAAGGAUUUUAAAGACAAAGAACAUGACGGGCAUACAAAAUGCAUUUCUGAAGCUGAAAGAUAUUCCGGUAAAGAUUACGUAGCAAAACCAGGGCAAAACAAAGGACAAAAGAAACAGGACAAUUGGAUAGAAACAAUUCGUUCACUUUCGACUAAUAAAGAUAAAGUAGAUCCUAAAUUGAGAAAUGUGUUUUCUCGCUUAAAGUCAUUUGAGAACAUACCAAGGAAAAAAGCGAAAUUUCAAAAUUUUGUAACAAAUAGUUUUAAAAUUCAGAUGUCAAUUGCAAUGAAAGUAUGGGAUGUCUUGGAAAACGAGUUACAAGAAUUAAAAAUGAAAAAUGGAGCGAACGAAAAUAAGGAAAAUGAAAUUGAAAAAUCUGAUUCUCAGCAACAAAGUGAAAACCUGGAAAAUAAUGAUAAGGCUGAUGUUGGUAAAAAACCAAGCAAGAGAAAGAAGGAUUCACAAAAUAACCUUGAAUGUGCAAAUCUGGAAACUGGUGAACCAAUUAAGAAAAAAAAGAAAAAGAAUAAAACUGAAAAAACUAAUGACCAGAAGGAAGAUUCAAAAUAUAAUUCAGACAACAAAAUUAAAAACAUCGAAAAUCUAACUUUCGAUGAAUCAGAUACAGUAGUAGUAACGAAUGGUGUAACAAAAAAAAACAAAAAGAAAAACAAACUUGUUGAAAUGGACAGCAAUGAAAAUAUCAAUGGAGACACUUUUGAAAAUGGUGUUAAAAAUAAAAAAUCCAAAAAGAAUAAAAUUGUAGACAAAGAUACAAUUACAAAUGGGACUGCUCAUAUUAUUGAAAAUGAGGAGCCAAUAAAAAAGAAGAAAAAAACUGAUGAAAACAUUGAAAUAUCAAAUCACGAAAUAUCUAAUAACAAAUUUGACUGGUUUUUAUACAUAAAUAAAUGUGCUGCUGAUGGGAUGAAUGUGAGUAAACUUAAAGAUAAAGUAUUGAAAAAAUAUAAAAAACAAAAUCCUGACGGUGAAAUUACUAAUAAAGUAGAAAAAACUUUUAAAAAAUAUUUAAAGAAAUCGGGACUUCUAAUAGAAGAUGAUAUUGUUAAGAUAGAUAGCUAAACUUUUAAAAAGGUAUUAAAAAUUAAAAAGUUUAAACUGUUUGUUUUAUUUUUAAAAUCGAAAAAAUUUUUCAAUGUUAUUUGAACUACGUUUGUUCAUCGUAUUUUAACACGGACUUAUCAUAUGCUACGUUUAGGAAAUUUGCCUUGCUUCAGUUUAUUUAUGAAGGAUCUUGUUGAUAAAAUAUUGCAAUCUUAAGAAAGCAAAGUUAGGUACCCACUAAAUUUGUUUUUAAAUUAUCUAUAAAUUAUACUUAUGUUCUAAAUUGUUUCUUAUUAAAAUAUGUAGUUGUACUUUCCCGAAAAUAAG